GUGUUGAAGUCAUUGUUUCCUCUGUAGUGGCUCAGCUGAGUCCAAAUGGCUGAAAUUGCUCCUCUGUUGCACCACCAGACUCUUCUCCAGCUGAAGCAGAGGCCUCAGCCUAUGAAGAAGCGGAGAUUGAAAGCGGGGAGCUCUAUGGAGAACUUUGUGAGGAAGCUGAGCCCAUCAGUGCAGUGCACACACACUAAUGAAUAUGUUCAACAACAAUGUGAGUUACAUUUCCCAGACACUCAGCACGACCCAGCACAGCCUCCUAAAGGAAAUUGCAAUGAAGUAGAUGUACAAGACAGUACACAAAUAUCUAAUCCAUUUAUAACCAACACUCAAAUGAAACCACCACCUGUAAACAGAGAAAGGAAACAGGAGCAAACAGUGAACACGUGUAGUCGACUCAUACUGGUCCAAAUCCCCAAAGCACACCCCCAACCAUAACAACUGCAUACCUGAAUCAAGUGAAACGCAACAGUUUGCAAAGUACCUAAUUCGCAAAGAACUAGUUAGCACAGGUCUUUUGCAAUUUGAUGACAAACCUGAAAACUAUUGGGCAUGGAAAACUUCAUUCAUCAGCGCAACCAAAGACCUAAAUUUGUCUCCAAGAGAGGAAUUAGACUUGCUAACGAAAUGGUUGGGUCCAACAUCAUCCGAACAGGCUAAGCGGAUUCGUGCUGUAUGCACCCUCAACCCUGCUGCAGGUGCGAAGAUGGUCUGGCAACGCCUUGAAGAGUGCUACGGCUCACCUGAAGCUAUUGAGGCUUCACUCUUAAAAAAGGAGUGGACUUUCCCAAACUCACAAAUGAAGACAAUGUUAAGCUGCAAGAACUGCAAAAUGCAGAUCCAGAAAAUGACAGACUUGCCCAUAGACCGAUUCACCCCUGAACCACCCUUUACCACUCUAGGCCUAGAUCUGUUUGGCCCAUGGACAAUUGUGACACGUCGUACAAGAGGUGGCUGUUCCCAGAACAAACGUUGGGGUGUGUUAUUCACAUGCAUGUCAACUAGGGCUGUGCAUAUCGAACUGACAGAGAUUAUGUCUGCUGAUAGUUUUAUCAAUGCAUUAAGAAGGCUCUUCUCUAUUCGGGGCCCAGCCAAGUUUCUGCGCUCAGACAGAGGCACCAACUUUGUGGGCGCUUGUAAGGAAUUAGGCCUAGACUCAGGAAACAAAGCAAUAGGAAAGUACCUGCAAGAGAGAGGGUGUGUUUGGACAUUCAAUCCCCCUCAUGCGUCUCACAUGGGAGGCUCGUGGGAGCGGCUUAUAGGGGUCACCAGGCGCAUUCUGGACGCCAUGUUGUUACAAACUGAACAAACACGUCUUACUCAUGAAGUGUUGUGCACCUUCAUGGCCGAGGUGAUGGCAAUUAUUAAUGCAAGGCCUCUGGUGCCCAUAUCCACUGACCCUGACAGUCCUGCAGUACUCACUCCAGCAGUGCUACUAACGCAGAAGAUGAGUGCUGUGUCUGCUCCACUUGGGAACUUUUCAUCAGGGCAGUUGUUUGGGAAACAAUGGAAACAUGUUCAACACCUUGUUGAUACCUUUUGGAAAAGGUGGAAAGGAGAAUAUUUGUCCACCUUACAAAGUCGUGCAAAAUGGACAGAGACUAGACCUAAUGUCAAAGAAGAAGAUGUGGUCCUGCUGAAGGACUCCCAAGCCAGCAGGAACGAAUGGCCCAUGGGACUAGUAGUAAAAACAUUCCCCAGCAGCGACAAGAAGGUCCGAAAGGUGGCAAAUGAGGCUCAGACAAGAAGUGGUUUGAGGUUGAACUACACGCCUGAAUCCCAUUAAGCAAUUCCUGACUAAUACCAGAAAAACGCUUCUCAAGUUCAGAGAUCAUUCUGUCCAAACAAGGAAACAACAAUUUCCUUUUAAGCUCUUCUGACACAGAAGAGCCACAGACUUCACUGCCUGCCCCACAGGUUGACUCACCAACAAAUCCAUCCAUUCUCUUUUUUUUCUGCCUUUGUCCAGAAGACUGCUCCAAAACGGCUGGUUUGCCUCACACAUAGCCUUUGUUUUUGCAUGAAGAUCUAUAGCAGUGGCAUCACUGCGCUUCUGCUUCAGUGUCUCAACCACCGCAUCUUUGUAUGUCUGUGCCUGGGCAAUAUCUAUGGUCUCCUUCUGUAGGUAUCUGUGUAAACAUUCAGUUACAGACAGUAGAUCCUUUAAAACAAUCAGCAAAUACACUGAGGAGAAUUUACUGAGUUUUGCCUUCAAUCCCACUGCAAUAGGUGUGUUGAUAGAGGAAAGGCACUCAAUGAUGGCAGGGAAAUUGUUAAGCACAGCCGUUACUGAACGAACCUGGCAUGCCCAGUGUGUGUUUCACUUUGUUCACUUUGCUCCAAUCCUAAUUUCUUCUGAGUGUCCAUGAACUUAUGAUGGCUUACAAGAGAAGCACUAAAGAAGGAAUGGAGACUUUCAAGCAUGUUAAAGAACUCUAUGGUUUCGGUAACAGCUCUGCAUGUGUGACAUAGGAUGAGAUUUAACUCAUGUGCAUAGCAAUGAACAUAUAUGGCCUCAGGGUGCUUCUUUUGAAAAUGGGCUUGCACACCUCCAACUGUUCCGCUCAUGACAGCUGCUCCAUCAUAGGUCUGUGCCACACAUUUCAACCGCUCAAUUCCCUUCUCUUGCAUCUGAUUCUCAAUAGCAGUAUUUAUCAAUGCACCAUCAAAGUUUGGCAUUUCUGUCAGGGCUAGGAACCUCUCUUUAACGACACCUUCCACAGACACAUACCUCACACGGAGUGCCAACUGUUCCGUCCUUCCAUCUCUAUCCUCAUCAGCCAUAAUGGCAUACAUCUAUGAUUCCUUCAUCUCACGAACAAUAGCUGCAGUUACUUCUUGUGAACAACAUUCAAUCAUCUCAUUCUGACUACUACAAGAGAUGUAUGUGGUGUUUGAUGGGGGGGUGUAUCUCUGCAAGAAUGGAUCAAACUUUUCCAAAAGUUUUAUGCACUCGCAGAAAUUGCCUUUAUUGUCACUCUCUUCUGUUUCGUCAUGACCUCGAAAUGAUAUUCCUUACUUCCCCAAAAAGCAGGUCACUGCCACAAUACGUUCCAGGUACUCCCUUCUUUCACUUACUUCAGUGGCACUUGCUGCCUCUAUCUGUUCAGCAAUAUUGCCUUGUGACAGACUUGCUUUGUAGCUGUUCCAACAAACUACACUGUCCUUGUGUGACUGGGUGGCUUCAUGUUUUUGAAACUUGCUCAGUGCUUUUUGCAAGUUACUGACUCCAUCAUUCACUAAUGUGUCAUACCUAAGACUUUUGCCAAAGACUCGACAAGCGAAGCAGAAAGCAGCAUUUUUUGGGGAAGAAUAUUCUAACCAUUUAAAGCUUUUGAACCAGUUUUCUUGGAAGGAUCUUUUUUGUGUUCCAAAUUGAGUGAGAGGGUACUGGGACAGUUUCAACUGUUUAGGACCAGUAGUCUUAUCCCCUAAAUCAAGAGCCAUAUCUUGAACUCCUUUGGAUUGCUGACUGGAAUGCUGCUCUGUCUGCCUCUCCUCAUCUCGUUCCCUGGUCUUCUCCCUCAGAGUCUCUCCCUGUUCUUCUCCUCCUUGUGUAAUGAAAUUAACCAAACAGUAAAUCAUAUAGACAAUUAGGAAAAUGUAAUGAAGGUGUCCUGUUCAGAAUGAAGUCUAAUGAUAUAAGGUCAUGAUUCUGAAACUGCCAGUGGUACAUGAACUCCCCAUUGUGGUACUUGGAGGAAAGUCAUAAAUAAUUUUUGAAAAUAAAAAUACUUCAAAAAAAGUACAAAACUUUGAAUUAAAAUAUUUAAAGUAUACUAAAUUCAUAUUUCAAAUAUCCUAAGCAUUGUCUUCCCUUUUCUUCUUGUUUCAGUGUCAGCCUGCUACAUUUUCACGUUCUUAGGCUGCUCAUUCUGACUUAAUGCGCUUACUUUUUAAUAGGGCUGCACGAUUAAUCGUUAGAAAAUCGCGAUCUCGAUUCAUACUUAUGUGCGAUCUC